UCUUCGGCUCUCCUAUAAAAACCCUUCUUUUUCUUCUUCUUCUUCCUCUCUUCUCUGCAACAACAAUGGACGAACACACCCACAGCUUUCCAUUGCCACACUCCCAAGCUCACCACAAAACUCUCAAAAACGAACCGUCCAACAAAUGCUUCAUCUACCUCUUCUCCGCCUUCGUCUUCCUCUGCGUCGCCCUUCUGAUCUUCUCUCUCAUCGUUCUGCGCGUUAAUUCCCCGACCAUCGACCUCUCUUCCAUCUCCGUCCGUAAGUUUUCCAUCUCUAAUACUAAUUCCUCUUCCUCCUCGCUUAAUCUGACCUUGAUUGCUGAAUUCUCCGUCGACAAUUCGAACUUCGGUCCCUUCAUUUUCGAUUACGUCACCGUCGUUUUCAUGUACGGCGGCGUCAUCGUCGGCGAAAGGAGUAGUGGCGGGGGUAGGGCUGAGGCGAAGGGGACGACGAGGAUGAAUGUUUCUGUUGAAGGUUCUGUGGAGAAUGUUAGCAGCGAUUUGAAUGGUUCGGGGAUUUUAAAUAUGAGUAGCUUUGCGAAAUUUGGAGGGAGAAUUCGUUUGAUUCAUGUUUUAAGGAAGAGGAUUUGGUCGGAGAUUAGUUGUUCCAUUAAUCUGGAUUUGAAUACUCAUCAAAUUCUGCCUCGUUGGGUUUGUGAGUCCAUGGCCGAGAAAGACCAGGUCAAACCCUUGGCUUCCCCCGCCACCCAUCUCCGGAGCGACGACGAUCACUUUCUUCCUCCUCCGGCCAAGCUCCGCCUCCAUAGAAACAAAUACAUCAUGUGCUCUGGCUGCUUCGCCGCUCUCCUCUUGAUCCUCGCCGUUAUCGGCAUCGUCCUCGGCUUCACCGUCCUCCAUAUCAAAACCCCAGAUCUCAAAAUCGAUAAGCUCUCGUUUUCAAAUGCUACUUCAAACGGCGGCAUAAUCAUUGUGGCUAGUGUCUUCGUGCGGAAUCCUAAUUUCGCGUCGUUCAAAUACUCAAAAGCGACGACGGUGAUUUACUACCACGGCGAGGUGAUCGGAGAGGGAGAGACGCCAGGGGGAGAGGCGAAGGCAAAGGACACGAUGACGAUGAAUGUGACGGUGGAGAUCAAGGCGGAGGAAAUGGAUGAGGGUUUGAGUUUGAUGGAGGAUUUGAAGUCGGGAGGUUUAAAUAUCAGUAGCUACACGGAAAUUCCAGGAAGGGUCAAAAUAAUUGGAUUCAUCAAGAAAAAGUUUGCGGUUAAAAUGGAGUGCUCAUUCACUUACAAUGCUAAAACCCAAACGAUUGAAAAGGAAGAUUGUGAUCAACAUGUAAAAAUGUCUGAUUAACGAGGGAUUAUGGGAGGAAUUUGAAACCAUAUGACUACU